GGUGUGUUGAGCGCAGGCGCAGAAGUGUGAGAGUGGCUGGAGCUGAUGUAAGAGUAUAGACCGGGGAGGAAGCGUUCACGCCGGGAGUCGGUGAUAGGAAGAAACACACGUUAUCCUCGUUUAUACAUAGAACAGGCGGGGAGCGUCGCUGUGACCGAGCGGCAACAUGUCUGGAGACGAGAUGAUUUUUGACCCUACUAUGAGCAAGAAGAAAAAGAAGAAGAAGAAGCCCUUUAUGUUGGAUGAAGAGGGUGAACAGCAGGUGGAAGAGACCCAGAUCCCUGAAACGAAGGAGGCAGAACCAGAACCAGUGGAGGAGAAGGAUGUGGAUGCAGAUGACGAGUCAUUUAGGAAGAAAGAUGCUCCUGAUGAUCUGGAUGACCUGAACUUUUUGAAUCAGAAAAAGAAGAAAAAAAAGACGAAAAAGUUUGACCUAGACGAAACAGAAGAAGGCGUUAAGAAUCUAAAGAUUGAGGCAGAAGUGCAGGAGGCCUCGGAGUCCCAGGAGGAUGACCUGGACUUAAUUUUGACAAAGAAGAAGAAAAAGAAGAAUGUCAAGUUUAUUGAGGAUGAGGAUUUUAACGAUAAAGAUGAAGCCUUUGAAGGAGAUGACGACAGUAAAAAAGAUGAUGGAAUCUCCUUUAGUUCCACACCCGGACCUGCAUGGGCUGGCACAGAAAGAGAUUACACUUAUGAUGAGCUGCUUAACCGAGCCUUUAACAUCAUGAGGGAGAAAAACCCUGACAUGGUAGCCGGAGAGAAGAGGAAGUUUGUCAUGAAGCCUCCUCAGGUCGUCCGAGUUGGAACAAAGAAAACUUCCUUUGUGAAUUUCACAGACAUCUGCAAACUAUUACAUCGUCAGCCAAAACAUCUUCUGGCUUUCUUAUUAGCUGAAUUGGGUACAAGUGGUUCCAUAGACGGUAACAACCAGCUAGUCAUCAAAGGCCGCUUCCAGCAGAAACAGAUAGAGAACGUCUUGAGAAGAUAUAUCAAGGAAUAUGUGACCUGUCACACAUGUCGGUCGCCAGACACCAUCCUCCAGAAAGACACCAGGUUAUACUUCCUGCAGUGUGAGACCUGCCAUUCUCGUUGUUCUGUGGCUAGCAUCAAAACCGGAUUCCAGGCAGUCACGGGCAAGAGAGCACAACUCCGCGCCAAAGCCAACUAGCCGGACCGUCCAUCAGGUCGGAUUUUACCAACUUAGAUUGUGGAUACUCCUGGCGGCAUCACCUGACAGUCAGGGAGCGCCGCCCUGUAUAUUAUACAGAGUGCCGUGAGACUGGGCAAGAAAAUCUUUGCUUUUUUUAUUUUAUUUUUUUUUCCUUUUCAUUGUCUUGCGCAAAAGGAUAUGUCUGAAGUUCCAAAGUGAGGCUGAAAUUGGGGAUAAAGUCAUCGCUCGCAGAAAGUUUUACCAGCCAUCUCAAGGAAAGAGGGGGGAAAUAGAUAUGCAUUUUUAACCAGACUUGUGUAAAAUGCAAAAUACAUUAAAGUUAUUCUAACAUUCACAGAUCAUG